AUGACGGCCGAGGAUCUUCUUGAUGGUUAUGAUGAGGAGCUCGGCGGCGGCGGCGCACAAGAGCGCGAUUGGAAAGGCAUCACGAUCGCGUUGUUCGUCAUCAUCAUGAUUUGUUCGCUCAUCGGAAUCGCGUUGAUUCUGUUCACACCGCUCACCGAAGCGUCGCACGUGACGACGAAACGAAUGGAAUUGUCCGACAUCCAAUCGACGCGCUAUCCCGUCGGCGACAUGAAGCUCGUCGGCGAUUCGAUUGUGAUGCAGAGCUGGAUGGGCGUCGAGCAGGUCACCGACGGCGUCAGAAAGGUUCUGUUUCUAAGAGACGGCGGGGACGAGAUCAAGGAAUCCUAUGAUAAUCGGAUGUUCGCCAGUCUCACGAAGGCGCCGAAUCCCGGAUUGAAUCCGGAGAACGUCACGUACUAUGUGAAGGUCUACAACGCGGCGACCAAAAUCGCCACCCAUAUUGGAAGCGAGCGUGAGAGGAGCACCCUUCAAGCGUUUCAAUGGAACACCAACAACAAUGAUUUCGCGUUCAUCGAGAACAACGAGGUCUACUAUCAGACGUCCGCUGAGAGUCGAAGUGUUCGGCACAUCAGCGACGGCGCGAAAACGCGAGUUCACGGCCUAUUCGAUUGGAUCUACACCGAGGAGAUAUUCCAAAAACGCGAGGCGUUGUGGUGGUCGCCCGACGGCAAUAUGUUGGCGUUCGCCUCACACGACGGCCGUCUCACGCGCAAUGUGACGCUCAAAUCCUAUCAGCGCCUUCAGUCGUAUCCCAUCGAUAGCGCGCUGCCGUACCCGAAGACGUUUGCGAAACGAUUGCCGACGUACACGGUGUCGAUAUGGGAUAAGGUGACGGAUGAGGUGAAGCAGCUUGAUGUGCAAUUGACGACGAGCUCCGAGUACCACUAUUUGAUCGCCGUCAAAUGGCUUCUCAUCGAUGGCGCGCCGAGAUUGGUGUUGGUGUGGGCGAAUCGCUAUCAGAACGAGAUCUCGAUCACAAUUUGCGCGUUCGAGAACGCGAUUUGUAGUCUCGCGUUCGAGUACAGCUAUUCGAGUCGACGUUGGGCGUCGCCCGACGACUUCGAGUCAAUGAUCGCCCACAACGAUCAGAUCUUCUUUCUGCUUCCCAGAGAUCUCAAGGACAACGCGUUUCAGCACAUUGUGAGGCUCAAGAUUACGCCAACAUCGGGAACGCCGGAAUUCAUUGCGCUCGGCCAUUACGACGUCGCCGGCCUCAUCGGCAUCGACGCCGACGGCAAAAAGGUGUUCUAUCGGGCGUUGGCGCCGAAUCCCGGACAGAUGAGCGUCUAUUCGGUCGGUAUUGACGACAGCCCAACGGAAUCGCCGGAAUGCGUCACGUGCCACAUCAAGAAUUGCACCUACGUUCAGAUUCUUGAUUUUGACAAACGCAAUCUGCUGGUGACGUGCAAGGGACCCAUCGUGCCGCACACGAUUCUCAUUGAUCUCGAGAAGCUUGACAAACGAAACACGUCGAUUUACAAGCCGGCGUUCGAUGAGAAGGAGUUCACCGAGACGUUCAAUCGAAUCGACAUUCCCACUGUCAUCUACGACACCUUCCGAAUCAAUAAUGAAUUUGAAGCCAGGAUCUCGUUGACGAUUCCCGCCGGCCUUCUAACAAAGGACAAGCCGAGAACCGUACCACUUCUUGUCUACGUUUACGCGGGUCCCAAUGACAUUCAAGUGAAUGAGAUGCUCAAAGUCGGCUAUGAGGAAUAUCUAUCGUCGCAUUUACAAAUCGCCGUCCUCCGAAUCGACGGCAGAGGAAGCGGCGGAAGAGGGUGGAAGUAUCGAUCGGCGGUUUACGGCCAACUCGGAACUGUGGAGGCCGACGAUCAGCUGGUGGCGACAAAAAUGGCGCUCGAGAAGUACGCGUUUCUCGAUCCGUCGAGAGUGGCGGUCUUCGGCUGGUCGUACGGCGGAUUCAUGGCGAUUCGAAUGGUGGAAGCGUCGGGAAAAGCGAGCUUCCGAUGCGCGGUCUCUGUGGCGCCGGUGACAAAUUUCGCCUAUUACGACGCCACCUACACUGAACGAUACAUGGGCAAUGCUCCGAUCUCCGACUACGUCGACGUCACCAAGAACGUUCAAAAGUUCAAAGAGACGAAGCUCCUAUUAAUGCAUGGAUUAGUAGAUGAUAAUGUGCACUUUCAAAACAGCGCAUUGCUCAUUGAAGAGCUGCAAAGUCGAGGAAUCGACUUCGAUCUUAUGAUCUACCCCAACGAGAAUCAUCAGAUCUAUUCGAAGAAGAGCCAUGUGCACGGCAAAAUCGCGCACUUCCUCAGUCAAUGCUUCCGCUAG